AUGUAUCAACCCACAGACAGAGAGAAGAUUGAACUUUACAUCUCAGCUCGUAAGCUUGCUAACAUGGAUGUCAUAUCAGAGAGUGAUCCCAAGUGCAAGAUCUUCGUAAGAGACUUUAAUGGAGUCGAACGAUAAAUUGGCUAAACCGAAGUCCUUAAAAACAACCUUAAUCCUGAUUGGAAAACAACCAUUCAAAUGGAUUUCAUCUUUGAGAUUAAAUAAGAACUAAGAUUUGAGGUUUGGGACCAUGAUGAUGGAACCAUUGAUAAAGAUGAUUUAAUUGGUGUUGUCAAUACCACAGUUGGAGAGAUUAUGGGAUCAAGGAAUUAGGUUUAUACAGGAUAGUUGAAAUUGAAGAACAAAGCGACUGGAACUCUUUUAAUUAAGGGUGAUAAAUUGAAGGAUGACAAUAGAUUCAUUUUCUGGUAAUGGGAGGGCAAGAAAAUAAAGAAUGUAGAUGGCUGGUUUGGCAAUUCAGAUCCCUUUUUGAGAUUUUAUAAAUAGUCUGGAAAUGAUUGGUUGUUUAUUCACGAGACUGAAUAUUGCAAGAACAAUGAAAAUCCACAUUGGAAACCAUUUGAAAUAUCGAUGAGUAAAUUGAAUGCUGGAAAUACAUUAUAGUAAAUAAAGGUGGAAUGCUGGGAUAAUCAAACUAAUGGAAAACAUCAAUAUAUUGGUGAUUCCUUAUUCACAAUCCAUCAAAUUGAGAAUGAACUAAAAAGAGAAUUCAUAUCUCUCUCUAAAAAAGGCAGUAAUCAUGGCAUCUUAUAACUAAAAUAAUUUAACUUAUUUACAAAGCCAUCCUUCAUUGAUUAUAUCAAAGGAGGGGAGUAGAUUAAUUUGAUGAUUGCUGUAGAUUUCACUGGUUCUAAUGGAGAUCCCAAAUUUCCAAACUCCCUACAUUACAAUAAUCCAAAUCAAAUGAAUCAAUAUUAAUCUGCACUCUAUCAAGUUUCAGAAAUAUUAUUGAAUUACGACUUCGAUAAGAAAAUACCCAUGUAUGGAUUCGGUGGAAUCAUUGGUAUUCAAAUUGAGUCUAUCCCUAGCUUUCCUUUGACUGGUAGUUUUUAAUAACCAGAGGUAUUUGGCCUGGAAGGAAUUAUGGCCUAAUAUAGUGGAGCACUUCAAAAUGUCACCUUAUCAGGACCAACAUAUUUUGCACCAAUCAUUUAAUAUGCUUGUUAAACAGCAUAACAAAAUAUAAGCUAAAAUAUUUAUACAGUUCUAAUGAUACUGACAGAUGGGGAGAUUCAUGACAUGAAUUAGACAACUCAAUUGAUAAUUGGUGCUGCAAGAAUCCCGCUUUCAAUAAUUAUCAUUGGAGUUGGAGAUGAAUAGUUUUAAUAGAUGAAAACUCUUGAUGGAGAUAGCGGUCCAUUGAAAGGUUCAUCCUCAAGAGACUUGGUAUAAUUUGUACCCUUUAGAGACUUUAAAUAAUAAGGAGAAUUGGCAAGAGAAGUGCUAGCAGAACUCCCAAAUUAAUUAGUUACCUACAAACAGCUAUUAGGAUUGUAACCAUUAAAAGUUCCAGAUAUUCAUCUAAGUCAAUUGGGAUGAAGAUGAUAAAACAUAAAACAAAUAGUAUAUUAUAAUAAUAACUAAAGCUGAAA